CGGUCCCGUCAUGUGAUGGAUUCGGGGGCGGGGAUUCCGCCCAGGGGGCGGGGCCGCGACUGGGAGGUGGAGACCAGGCGGGGACUGUUGCCCGGCGACGCUCCGGCGCUGGGUCCCCGCGGCCCGGCCCCUCCCCGGGAGGAGGUGGGCUUGGAGUCAGGUGACCCGGGCCCUACGGGAGGGGGCGCGGUUAGGGACCCGGCAGCAGGCGGCCGGGAAGAGAGCAUCGUGGGACGUUCGCGUGGUUCCCAGGCUGGGACCCCAACCCCGCUGGACAGUGGGGGAAACUGAGGCCUGAGUGGGCCCACGGAGGACCAUGAAGGUGCUUCUCCUCACAGGGCUGGGGGCCCUGUUCUUCGCCUAUUAUUGGGAUGACAACUUUGACCCAGCCAGUCUCCAGGGAGCCCGAGUGCUGCUGACAGGGGCCAACGCUGGUGUCGGUGAGGAGCUGGCCUAUCACUACGCGCGCCUGGGCUCCCACCUGGUGCUCACUGCCCACACCGAGGCCUUCCUGCAGAAGGUGGUAGGGAACUGCCGGAAGCUGGGCGCCCCCAAGGUCUUCUACAUCGCAGCGGACAUGGCCUCCCCUGAGGCGCCCGACAGCGUGGUGCAGUUUGCGCUGGACAAGCUGGGCGGGCUGGAUUACCUCGUGCUGAACCACAUCGGCGGCGCCCCGGCCGGCACGCGGGCCCGCAGCGCCCAGGCAACGCGCUGGCUCAUGCAGGUCAACUUUCUGAGCUACGUGCAACUGACGUCGCGGGCGUUGCCCAGCCUCACGGACAGCAAGGGCUCGCUGGUGGUGGUGUCGUCGCUGCUCGGCCGCGUGCCCGCGUCGUUCUCCACCCCGUACUCGGCGGCCAAGUUCGCGCUGGACGGCUUCUUCGGCUCCCUGCGGCGGGAGCUGGACGUGCAGGACGUGAACGUGGCCAUCACCAUGUGCGUCCUGGGCCUCCGAGAUCGCGCCUCCGCCGCCGAGGCAGUCAGGGGAGUCACGAGGGUCAAGGCGGCCCCGGGGCCCAAGGCGGCCCUGGCCGUGAUCCGCGGCGGCGCCACGCGCGCGGCCGGCGUCUUCUACCCGUGGCGUUUCCACCUGCUGUGCUUGCUCCGGCGCUGGCUGCCGCGCCCGCGGGCCUGGUUCAUCCGCCAGGAGCUCAACGUCACGGCCGCGGCUGCCGCCUGAGCACCGAGGGGUACCCCUCCACGUCCCGGACGGGAACGCUCCUCCCUCCAACUGUCCCUGGAGCCAGGACACUCACAAUGGACACCCCUGAGAGGGUGGCCACAGCCCAAGAUAAAUUCAUCAAGACAGAAAAGCAAAACCCGGAAAAACGACGGGCGCCUGGAACCAAUCAUAGCUUCGGAGGCGCAGGCGCUCUGUGUUAGGCGCCUUGUCCCGGACUUGUGUCGCCUCACCAGUUUGGACGUGAUGGAUGACAUGACUGCUUCCAUUUUACAGAUGAAAAAAUAGGCUCAGAGAGGUCACACCACCCUUGAGCCAGCCAUGGACCCCACUCCAUUACCUGCCUGCGCCUCUUCGUCGCCGAUUUAUUCUUUGCACUCAUUCAUUCCAUCUGGGAGGAUCCCCUCCUCCGGACACCUGCCGGCUUCCCCCAGCUGGGGGCUCUGGGACUCUUCACACCUGCAGGGAUGUCUGCACUGUCCGUGUACCUGGUGGCGGGGCCUAAGAGGGAGGAGGAGGGAAAGUGUGUGUUUUGGGCUGGACCCAGUCUUCCGUUUGAGAAUAAAAAUGCUUCUUCCCUUGCA